GUCCAGAGCUCUCGACAGCACCUUUCUCUGUCGCAUACUCCUCUCUCUCGCUGCUCGCCCUCCGCUCCUGCGGCUCGAGCUCGCACUCCGCACGCUCGAGACCAAGUCCCCGGCCGUCCGUGCCUCAGCACUCAGGCUGCUGAAAGUCUUUGCAAGCUCCCGCUCUUCGCCCUGCUCCGGCCCACCAAGAUCCGCCUCGACAUGGCUCGCAAGAAGCAGAAGCUGUCAGAGACCUCUGACGCAACGAGCGCAACCGCAUCGUCAUCGACGCAGCAGUCUCGGCCCGCCACGACAAGCGCGUCGGCUGCCUCAUCGUCACAGCAGGAGGCUGCUCCGCCUGCGACGCAACCAGCGGGGGAGCGCAGCGCGGUCGGCAUCGAAUCUCUUCCGAACGAGCUGCUGGGCAUCAUCUUCGAGCAAGUCUCCGACAUGGACCUUGUGUCGCUGAGCUGUGCCUCGCCUGACUUGCACCGCGGGCUGCUUCACGAGGACGGAUCUGUCUGGAUUUCGCGUGCCUCAGUGGCACCUGCCGACGCAUGCGCCGCAUUGCAGAGGGACAUCUUGUUGGCGAAUGCCACGGAGAAGCAGCAAUGCCUGCUCGUGGGUGGGAGAGCUUGUCGAUACUGUCGCAAGAGACUUGCUGGCACAAGUACCUCGCGCAAGCGCCCAGGUUUGCAGACUUGCGCUUUGUGUGCGCGUCGCCACGGCUGGGACGGACCAGAUCGCUUGCCUAAAGGACUGGCUACAAUCGAGGAGGCCAUGGCGCACUUUGACCUCACAUCGGAGCAGGUCGACUCGGUGCCUGUCCAUCAAUUUGUGACGCAGUGGAGCGAAGAUGGGCCAAAGUCACACAUUGUCGACCAACGAGGACGACGGAGGGAGCUUCAGGCAGAAGAAGUCGAUAUGUUUGUGCUCGACCGUCCGGCAGACGGCUCCUCGGCGAUACAGACAUUCCGCCGCGUGGAGGAUCUGAGCAACGUCUGGUACAGAUCGCUCGCUGCUCGUCAUGACCAAGAGAGCAAAAAACAGCUUGCUGCUGUCUUCCGAGCGCGUCGGACAAGCCUCACCAAUGCGGGUCUGAGUCUCAGUACAGUACGCGACGAUCCAGUAGCUCAGGCUUUCAUACGAGGAGAGUGGUUCUGUCUGCAACCAGCCGGCAUCGACGACGAAGCCGCCGUCAUCGCGGAACUCGUCAUCCGCCGAGAGCAGAGUCGGUUGGGCGUGCCUCUGCCGAGCAUGGUCAUGCAGCGUCGUGGCACAGGACUGCACAGCCAGGCUGCUUCGAUGGCGCUGGAAACGACUUCGGACGAGGAAAGUUCGGACGAAGAUGAUUCGGACUGGUAAUGAUGCCGCAUUGUGCGACCUCACCUUGCGUGUGGUCCGUGUCUGCUUCAUGCAUUCGGCCCGCAUCAGUAGAGUGCGCUCGCGCACGCUCGCACAGUUCCUUUUCUCCGCCUGCAGCGCUUUUCCACAUCGUCCGGCCCUCCGGACCACCCUCAUGGCUGUAGCCCCUUCCGUGUCCGAGUCGAGCUCAUCACCCCUUCACACGCGUCACAUCCGUCCAGCUCCGAGAAUCGCAUGUCCCG